AAGAAGAGCAACUUGAAAAUGCCAGCGGCAGACGACAACUUUUUGCACUUUGCGAAAUUGGCCGGCGGCGGCGAGGUACAACUAGUGCAGGUAGAGGAGACGCUGCUGCCGCCGGAAGAGGACGCUGCACUGCCUCUCAAGGAUGUAUCGUAUCCGAAAUUCAAGUAUCCUGUGCAAAAGUAUCGUACUCGUACUAAUUGCAAAUGUGCACGACAAAUAUUUUUCCCAAGGUAAAACAGCAUUACAAAUUCCACUUUUCUUCUUGCCAAAAUUUGUGAUGCAAUUUAUACUUUGUGCGAUACUUUUGCAAUGCAUAUCAAGGAGCUGCUGCAGGAGAUCUGCACCACCCCGGACGACCACAUCACGCUCCCGAAAGCGACGCUGGAGAUCGAACUUCCGCGCGUUCCGGCAGAGUUUGUGUUGUGCGUGCCGAAAGGGCCCACAUUGCAGCGAUGCGCACCAUACAUGGUCGAAAACGCCACCUACAUGGCUUUAACCUGCGCCAGAGGAUACGACGAGCGCAACAACUACAAGCCGGGGAAAAUAAACGGGGAGAAUGUGAAAGGUAGCUUGAAACAUUUGUUCUAGAAGUCCUGUGUGCGUGCAUGCCGUCGUCUUCUCUGGCGGGUGAUGUUUUCAGUUGAGUGCUUUUCAUAAAGAGAACGAGCACAAAGCCCAACAGUGUUUUUACUUGUCGUGGCAAUCACAAAAUUGAUAAAUGAAAACUACAGCCUCUUCUCCGCAGUCCUACCUUUUGCUAGACGAGGAUACGCUGGACAGAACGAAGCAGCUUGCAUUGCUGUUCCUGCAUUGCUGCAACAGUGGGCGAGCCGACCGCCACCUCCUGUUCGUCCACAAAGCGAAUUCCAUCGAGAAGGCGAAAAAGGAUCUGAAUUUUCUAAGUGGGCAUGAUGAUCCGAAGCCCGAUGAAGAUGAAUUCAAAAACGGGGGCGAAGACGUUAUUAUGGCUGACGCUGAGGAGGAACAACAACAAGACGACGGGGAGAACAUCAAGAACAAUUCGGACGACCUGCUCGGCAGGUCCACGUCGCGCCUGAAUGUCGCAACCUUCGAGCAGGCGAUUUUGUUGGAGGAAAAGCGGAGAGAACGGCGGAGGAGGGAAAGCAAAUCGAAGAAGAGGACCGACUCCAAAAAGAGCACGAAAAGCACGGCCGCCACUGGUGGCGUCGAGACAGAAAACGAGACUCAGGACGUAGGAGAUACAACGCAACUGGUAUUUAUUCAAGUUUCAGUAUCUUCUUCAAGCUGUUUUAUCCCAUGAAACUGAUGUAUGGUUUUGUGUCUUUCGUAGAUAGAGCAAGAGGUAGUGGUACUUUAUUAUGUAGUGAUAUUAACAGUCGACGCUUCAUCGGCUCCCAGCACCAAAGCGCAGGGAACUAUUUUGAUACGCGUAGAUUGAUAGCUUUACCUUUCCUUGACAUGAUGGCUUUGUGAAUAGAAUUUUGAAAAUCGCUCUAAUCAUCAGGAUCCUGUCGCAGCGGAAGAUGAGCACGAAAAACCGGACCAGAAAAGUUCCGAUGCACUAGUGCAAGUAGAACAGGACAAGAACCAGAAAGAGGAGGAACAGCAGUUUUUCGACCUGCAGGACCAAGUCGAAAAAGCUAAUGUGCUCAUCGUUGAGUACGGUCAACUUGGCGCGAAUUCCGCCGAAUCCAGUGUCUUGCUGCUCCGGAAGUGGUUGAAUAUCAAUUGUAAAAAUGUCUGGGUCUGGAAGAAUUCAUGGCUGUCAUGCUUGUCUGGCAUGACUCUUAAAUCUGUCAUGCACGUUACCCAAGAGCUCCGUUUUUCUGUGAUGCAGAAGCGCAGUUUGUCAUGCAGAAUAGGCAACACCUAGGAGCUCAGAAACUUGUCACGCUGAGCCAGCAUUUGUAGCCUCAUCAUGAGACGCCGCCCAGCGUCACAAGUUUCCAGACCCAGACAUUUUUACUUUUGAUAUUGAAGGGUGGUAAUACUAGGAGUUCCGGCACGGGCAUCGUUUGUUUCGACGACGCGCACUGCAUUCGGAACUGCAACUUCCUAAGAAUUGCAAACACGUCUGGGUCUGGAACCUUGCAACUUUAGCUUGUAAUGCUAGAAGAAGGUGGUCUAGCUGGCCACAGAAGAAUUUGUGCUGCAUGAAGUAGAACAGCAUAUAGCAUCUGUGAAAAUUUUUGUAACGUUAAUGUAUGAGAAUGAUUAUCUCGUGCGGGACGGGCAUGGCGAAGCAUGAUUUUCAAAACCUGUAGUAAUGCUUUGUCUUCCAUCCCAUAAAGCGCAAGCGGCAUGAAGCAAAUGGACUUCUGCAUUUUUCCGAACCCCGACAUUAUGUUUGCACUGGAUACUUCGUCAACGGCGACCACAUGUUCGACGAUCUGGAAGAGGAUCAAAACAGCACCCAGAAUGCAGAACAAGACGAUAAUGGAGGCGUAGGUGAAAACGAAAAUGAAAAUCCGGACCAACCCGGCCUUCUCGGGCAACAAGGACAGCAGGAGCAGGAGGUGGAAGACGCGCAGGAGAGGAAUGAAGCCAUUCUGCGGAGUCGCCCGUAUCCUGAGUAAAAACGUACCCACACCAGAGUCAGGAUGGGGAUUUUGCAACACAAACCUAGGAGUUUUGUGAGUCACGCAUGACAAGUUGCGCUCUGUAGUGUAGUGCAGGUUAGCAAGUGCAGCCGCAUCACAGAUUCAUCUGCUCAUCCUGUUCACAGCAUCACAAAUUCCAAAACACGAUUGGAAAUGGCUCUCAUGCGGAUGCGCAUUACAAGUCUUCCUGUCUUUGCAAAUCUGCAUUACAACUCUGGUGUGGGUACGUUUUUACUCAGGAUAUUUUUUUCUACUUGUUGUCUGCGUUCUAGUGAUGUACUUUUCUGAAUGUGUAUCCACGGAAAAAACUGUGUUAGUGUAACUUUCCUUGGCUGACAGCAUCACAAAUUUGCUCUACACAACAGAGACAACCUGUCAUGCGUGGCUUGCAAGGGAAAACACUCGUGAAAAGAGGACUUCGUGGUUGUGCGGCAUGACAGGUGUACCUCUGUUGCAUGUUCUGCAUUACAGAGUUACACUUACACAGUUUUUUUCUUGCAUAGUGUGUGGAUAUGAUGACGGCGUCCCAGUCUUGGGAUAUCAACAAAAGCUUUUUUGCUGGCCUUGCGGUUUUGUCAAAAGGUGGAGCCCUGGGGUUGCCGGGACGGAGUGUUCGUGGCCAAGAACGCGUUUCAAGCGCUCGCCGACCGCGAGGAGUUUCUGGCGAAGAAUUUCAAAACCGUGAGAAAAAACGUCAACGCAGAGGGCGAUGAUCAGGAAGAGGGCGAGGAUGCUGACAACGAGGAAGAUGCUGAUGGCGCCAACAACAACAACAUGGAGCGCGUGAAAGUGAGUCGACUCCCCGGGUUCCGUCUGCGGGAUAAGCUUGUAAAAAAAAGAAUAGAAGAUCCGAAGGGGUACUAUGAGUUGGUUAAGCAAUUCACCAACCAGUCCGUCCAAAAGGAGAAGGAAAGAAUGCGAAAGGAGGAACAAGCCCCGGCGGGGGCCGAAGAAGAAGUACUAGAUGGUAACGAGAAUCGAAUAGCUUCGCCCGCUGGGUGUGAAAUCGCAAACUUGCG